AUGACCUCAAGCAGGAUUGUAGAGCUUGCUAAUACUAUCCAAACGAACACAUGGAAAGUCGAGCAGCACCUAUUCUACCGUGGCAUACCUUCACCGUCAUUCGAUGUGGAAACGCCAUUGGAGAUUGAGUUGCCUGACGAUAUUGCCACAUGCCGCAAAGCAAUCCUUGAAGCUACAGAUGAGCUUCAUAUGCUAGUUCUAGGACCUGUGCAGACGGAACAAUGCAACCCCGUGCUCCAAGCCAUUUACCGCUUCAGAAUAGCCUUCAGCUUUCCCGUGGGCGAAACGGCCACAUUUGCCCAAAUUGCCAAAACUUGCGGCAGGGCUGAAGAUGAAGUCAAGAGGAUUCUCCGUAUGGCCAUAACAUACCGUCUAUUCAAAGAGCCACAGCCCGGUGUGGUCGCGCAUACGGCAGCCACGAAGGCAUUGGUACAGCGGCCGCUCUUCAAUGCGUGGAUUGGUAUGUGGCUUGAAGAAAUGGGUAUCACAUUAUCAAGGGCCUUUAAUCUCGCCCACGAUACACAACUCAGCGUGUAUGAAGAGUUGAGUAAGCAUCCCGAGCGUGCCGUACGAUUCAAAGAUGCCAUGAAUUACUUCCAGACUGCUCCUGGCUUUGAAGUCACCCGUGUAGUCGACAGCUUCCAUUGGGCUUCGAUUGAGCAAGGAACUGUAGUUGAUGUAGGUGGCUCUCACGGCGUUGUCAGUAUUGAGCUGGCAAGGAGGUUUCCAUCACUUCGCUUCGUUGUGCAGGACCGAGGCGAGGUCAUAUCUGCAGCAAGAGCAUGCACACCCAAAGAUGUUGCGGAACGAGUAGACUUCAUGGUAAAUGACUUCUUCGAGGAACAGCCAGUAAAAAAUGCGGAAGUGUACUUCUUUCGUUGGAUCUUGCAUAAUUGGUCCGACAAAUAUUGUGUAAAGAUUUUGAGGGCCUUAAUUUCUGCACUCAAGCCUGGCGCCAGGGUCUUGAUACAGGAUCUGUUGAUUCCUGAAGCCGGAACUUUGUCGCCGUUCGCUGAGAGAAACGUGCGGUACGUAAAGAGCGCAGCGCAUGUUCACAAUCAUAGUGUCGAGGCUAAUUUUGAAUACAGCUGGACUGAUCUGGGUAUGUUAGCAAUGGAGAACGCAAAAGAGCGAGAUCGCAGUGACUGGACCGAGCUAUUGAAAGAAGCUGAUCCUAGAUUCAUUCUAAAAUGCAUCAACACUCCAGUGAAAUCAGAAUUGAGCAUGGUCGAAGUCGUAUGGGAGGAUUCAACCUCACCGAAGGAAUCAUUGACGCAUGGCGAGUCUAAGCACGAAGACCCUCAGCUCAUAAAUGGUGCCGCAAUGGCAAACGGUAACUCUAUGACUGACGUCGAGCUUUUGAAGCAUGGUCCGCUGGACAAGCACGGGAAGUCGGAUUUGCACGACCGCCACGCCGGCAACGGCGUUUCAGACUUGCCUGAUGCAACAGAGGUCAAUGGCUCUUCCAGUACACAUGACUUGCCAACAGCAAAUCUAGAGUCCAAUCUUGCACCAUAG